AUGGGGGAUAGACGUGGCAGGGGAGUGAGUGAAGCAGCAGGGGUGAUGGGGAUGGGGCGAGCGAAAAACAGCAAGGGUGAUUGGCAGAUGGGGGAUGGAUGUGGCAGGGGAGUGAGUGAAGCAGCAGGGGUGAUGGGGAUGGGGCGAGAAAAAAACAGCAAGGGUGAUUGGCAGAUGGGGGAUGUAUGUGGCAGGGGAGUGAGUGAAGCAGCAGGGGUGAUGGGGAUGGGGCGAGCGAAAAACAGCAAGGGUGAUUGGCAGAUGGGGGAUGCAUGUGGCAGGGGAGUGAGUGUAGCAGCAGGGGUGAUGGGGAUGGGGCGAGCGAAAAACAGCAAGGGUGAUUGGCAGAUGGGGGAUGUAUGUGGCAGGGGAGGGCGGAACGGAAGAAUAGAUAAGCAGCAGAGGUCCCGAAUAGCAGAGGAGUGGAACAGCAAAGGAGCGGAACAGCAGAGGAGCGGAACAGCAGAGGAGAGGAACAGCAGAGGAGCGGAACAGCAGAGGAGAGGAACAGCAGAGGAGCGGAACAGCAGAGGAGCGGAACAGCAGAGGAGCGGAACAGCAGAGGAGUGGAACAGGAGAGGAGCGGAACAGGAGAGGAGCGGAACAGGCGAGAAGCGGAACAGGAGAGGAGCGGAACAGGAGAGGAGCGGAACAGGAGAGGAGCGGAGCAGGAGAGGAGCGGAACAGAAGAGGAGCAGAACAGGAGAGGAGCGGAACAGGAGAGGAGCGGAACAGGAGAGGAGCGGAACAGGAGAGGAGCAGAACAGGAGAGGAGCGGAACAAGAGAGGAGCGGAACAGGAGAGGAGCGGAACAGGAGAGGAGCGGAACAGCAGAGGAGCGGAACAGGAGAGGAUUGGAACAGCAGGAGAUUGGAAAUGUAG